AUGAGCGAGAGAUCUAUAAAGAAAUUCAAGGUUGUGCUGUUAGGUGAAGGUCGUGUAGGUAAAACAUCAAUCCUAUUAAGAUACAUAAAAGGAGAAUAUGAUGAACGACAGGUAUCGACUUUACAAGCAUCGUACUUGGAUAAACGACUGCUUGUGGAUAAUUGUCGCGUGGGACUUUCAUUAUGGGACACAGCAGGUCAAGAACGAUUUCAUGCAUUGGGACCUAUUUACUAUCGUGAUGCAGAUGGUGCGUUACUAGUUUAUGACAUUACAGAUGCUGAAUCAUUUCGUAAAGUUCGUACAUGGGUUCGUGAACUACGGCGUAUUGUUGGCGACGAUAUUUCUAUCUGCAUUGCUGGUAAUAAAAGUGAUUUACAUCGUAAUCGAAAAGUACCGGUGGAAGAAGCAAAGAAAUAUGCAGAAUCAGUGGGAGCUGCGUACUUUGAUACGUCUGCUAAACUCAAUCGUGGACUUGAGGACGUGUUUGUAGAGCUCACACGUCGUAUGUUGAGUCGCACGGGUGGAAAGAAGAAGAAAGGCAGCGCAUUAAUUGCAGAUGAUGAAGAAGACGAUGAUAGUGUUGAGCCAUUGACCAGACCUCCAACCAGUAAGACGGGACAAGAGAAAAAAACGAUACAGAUGCAGACGCAACAGGGACAGGUGCACAGGACAGAGGAACCCCCGAGAAGUCGCAGUGGUGGACGAGGACAACCUAUUCAGAUUGUAGAAGAUAAUUCGGUCAAUCCAAGUGCUUCGAAAAGCACUGGACUAAGAGUGAGGGGUGUGACGCCCGUGGACACUGGCAAAGACAAGAGCAGCUGCUGCUAA